AUGAUAAUUACCACAUGGAUUAUGUACAUUCUCGCCCGGAAAGGUGUAGGGUGCCCCUUCCCACCAAAAACCAGUUCGGACAUCGAAGUUGUGGAAACUGAGGCUGUGUCUGUACUAGAGCACUGGUUGAAAAAAACCGAAGAAGAGGCUUCCCAGGAUAUAAAGGAGAAGAUGUCCAGCAACUGCCCUUCCAUCCAUGGCGAAGAUAUCCAUGUGACCAGAGAUGUGGUGAAGCACCAUCUCUCAAAGUGCGAUUUGUUAACAAGCCCGAGUCAAGAAGUCCUAGAGGAAAGGACAAGAAUCCAGUUCAUAAGAUGGAGCCAUACCCGUAUCUUCCAAGUGCCAAGUGAGGUGAGAGAUGAAGUUGUGCGCGAUCGAAUAGAGCAGGUGAGACGAAGUUUAUGCCAUCUUUCGGAUGAGUCAUCUCAGAAUUUUGACAGAAAUUCCUACUCAGAGUGCUGA